CGUUAAAUUAACUCAGCAACGGCUGAUUGUGGUUAAUCACGAUGUUCUCUGAAACGGUGUCCAUUGAAAAUAUUUAUCAUCCCCAAGUGUUAUUGAACGUGCCCGUUGUUAUCGGCUUAUUGUGGACGUUCGGUUGUUAUUCCGUGUCUAGCGUUCGGGUUCCUGAGGUAGAAAUCGAUAGCGGGUUCGUGUCCGGAAAACUAUCGAAGACUUGGAAAGGACGGAGUUUUUAUAGUUUCGAAGGGAUACCGUAUGCAACUCCUCCGGUAGGAGAACUUAGGUUUAAGGAAGCUCAACCGGUCAAGCCCUGGUCAGGGGUAUGGAACGCAUCUUCUCCGGGGAGUAAAUGUAUUCAAUACGUCCAUCCGGAUUACACGGUACAAGGAGACGAAGACUGUCUCUACGUCAACGUGUACACACCGAAACUUCCCGGACAAGAGGACGCUAGCAAACCGUUGAAUGUUUUGGUGUUCAUUCACGGAGGUGCUUUUAUGUUUCUAGAAGGAUCGGUUUACAAGCCCGAUUUUAUUCUGGACAAAGAUAUAGUUUUGGUGACGUUCAACUACAGGCUCGGUCCGAUCGGUUUUUUCAGUACCGGAGACUCGGUCGUACCUGGCAACAAUGGACUGAAAGAUCAGGUGCAAGCUUUGAAAUGGGUGAAGCGAAAUAUAAAACGUUUCGGAGGUGAUUCGGAAAGCGUUACACUCAGUGGGAUGUCCGCCGGCGGGGCCAGUGUCAACUAUCACAUGUUAUCGCCACUGUCCAAAGGACUGUUUCAAAAAGCGUUCUCGCAGAGCGGAACGGCCAUGUGCCCAUGGACAUUGACCGAAAACGUACCGGCCAAGUCGGCAGCGAUCGGCGCGCUUUUGGGAUGCCCUGUUCGUACGUCCGCGGCACUGGUCGAAUGUCUGAACGCCCGGCCGGCGUUGCAGAUCGUGAACGCGGUGAAGAUAUUCAUGCCGUUCAUGUUUAACCCGUUCACUCCAUUUGGUCCCGUCGUAGAGCCACCCAGUGAAAAAGCUUUCAUUAGCGAUACACCCUACCACAUCAUCGCUAACGGUCAGGCGGCUGACAUACCGUGGUUGGCCAGUGUUGCCAGUCACGAAGGUCUAUACCCGGGAUCCGAGUUUAUCAAUAACGUUACGUUGCUAAAGUUUAUUACUGAAAACUGGAACCAAGUCAUUCCGCAUUUGUUGGAUUUCAAUUACACAGUGCAACCGGAUAAAAUCAAUAAUGUUUCACAACUUAUCAGAAAACAAUAUUUGGACAGUGAGGAUUUGGUGAUAGGAAAUACGGCGAAAUUUAUAGAAAUGAUCAGCGAUCGUCUGUUUAUAGUUGACAUAGUAAAAGCUGCUAGGAUGCAAGCCCAGUUGUACAAGUCACCUGUUUAUUUAUACCAAUUUGCGUACCGGGGUAAACACAGUCUGUCGGAAUAUUUCGCGAAGACGGACGAGGAUUUUGGAGCUAGUCACGCAGACGACACGGCGUACGCACUACGAAACGUAUAUGGGAACGUCGAAGAUUCAGAACUCGAUAAGUCAUUGGUGUCAACCGUGGUUAAUGUAUGGACGUCGUUUGCAUUCACGGGGAUACCGUCGACUGGUGAUGCUUCCUUUGAUUGGACGCCUGUAAGCAAAGAUCCUAACUAUUCGGCAGUGUCGUUCUUGAAGAUCGCUUCCCCCACGGACAUUUAUAUGGACGAAGAAGACAUGGGAAGAAUUCCGUUUUGGGACUCGUUGGGCUUUAACGAAAACGAAAAUUAUUUUGUCGACAGGGAUUUUGUCUUUUGACCCACCCAGUUUGACCCAACUAUUAGACCCGCACGUAUUUCGAAAUUGGAUUUAUUAAAUAACGACUUUUGAUUAUUUAUUUUAUAUUCAAAACGUUCACGUCUUAUGAUAUUUUUUUAUA